CGCAGGGUGUUCACACGUUUGAAGAUGAAGGACACGAUGGUCUCUCUCUCUACCUCCAAAUUCUUAUUGGCUAUGAUAUCACCGCCCCAGAUCCGGUACAACUUUGUUUUGUCACGUAUAAAAAUUUGGGUUGAUUUUUUUUUGGUUGAUUUGGUUGACCGCCAUAAAUAAAUGCUUGAAACCACUUUAUUUUUAGGCUUUUAUUUUGUUUUAUUAGCGCCAACAAUAUGAGAUGUUUAAUCAUGGUUUUUAGUUCUGAUGAUUGAUUGAUAAUUAUAAAUGACUACUUAAAAUGUAGUCCAAAUAUCUUCUAUACAAAACUUUUUUAAAGAUAGGGUACUCUGAGACGUAAUUUUUUGGUUGAGUUUACAUUGCGUAAUGUGUAAUAUUACUUUCAUACUAGACAUAUAAGGUUAUAGCUUCUAUAUAUCUGUUGUAAAUAAACCAUAUAUACAUCAUAUACUAUAUGGCUUUACAACUAUGGUUUAGGAAAAGUGGAUGAGUUGAAUGAAAACAAUUGUGAGGAUAAUGAGCCUUAUCUUCUCCUUUCUUUUUAGCUUUUCCAACAAAGGGAAAGAUAAUGAGCUUUAUAGUGGGAACCAUUCACAGUUUCCAAAACAUGAUUGGAUACAGGAAAUUUGUAGAAUAAAAAACUUAAGAAUCUUACAAACCCGUAAGUGGAUUAGGUAUAAAUCUGAAUUUAUCAUAAAGAUUAAUGAUUUAGAACUAUAUUAUUGAAUAUUUUAUUCGUCUGCUUAACUAUUAGAUUGAUAAUGUACUUUAUCUGAUUGUAUCACAAGAAAAUCAUUCUGUUUUUGAUUGGAUUCACCAACAUUCUAUUCACUUUUUUUCUAAACUAGAGAUAAACGAAUAUGUAUCAGUAGCUUUGUGAGAAUACAAAAAAAAAAAAUCUUCAAAUGUGAUCCUCAAAGAGUUUUAACCUUUUCCAAUGUGACAUACAUUUUUUUUUUUGUCACUCCGAUGUGACAUAUAUACUAGCAUACUUGUUAUAUGAACGAAAUGUGGAAAAAAAAAAAGAGUUUGACCUUGAUCACUAACUUAUUAUGUUCGUCGUUCAAGUACAACGCAUGUGUAUAAGAGAAAAGAUGAAUGAAUAUUCUAAUUAUCUUUUAUUAAAAUAAUGAAAAGCCAAAAAAGACCGAUCAUCGUCAGGUCAAAAGAAAGCCGUAAAGAAAAAACCAACUUGAAAAAUAAAAAUAAAAUUUUUUUCAAAAAAAAGAAAAAUAAAAAUAAAAAUCAUAUCUUUUACCAAACAGAUACAGAGACUUCGGGGAAGACGGAGUAUAAUACCAAACGGAAUUUAAUUAAACCGAACCCGGUUUAACAUAAGAGCAGCAAACAACCCUUGGUUUAUUACAUUAGACAGACAACGUAACCAAACUCUUUCAUGUUCUGUCUGUUUUGUUCUCUUCUGUUCUGUUCUCAUCUUUUCUAAUUUUCUCAGGAAAAUCUCUUGUGGGACAUUCCAGGAAAGUUUUAUUUCAGAUUCAGAUUAUUUUAAAAAAUCUAGAGAAUCACCAAAUACAUUCUUUCGUUCACAAUCCUUUAUUUUCUGGGAAAGUUUAAAUUUUCCGGGAAAGUUCAUUACUUUAUCUCUAGAUUCACCAGAAUCCAAUUCCUCCGGAUCGAUUAAGAUGAAGCCACCAGCUUCGUUAGAUCACUGGAGAGACUAUUUCCGCCGAGCAGACUCCGAUAUUUUCCAGAUCAUCGAUCACGCCAUCAUGGUCGCCGCCGCAGAUUCCCCGAUCAAAUUCAAAUCGAGAAGAGACAAAAUCGCCGAGCUUCUCUUCUCCUGCAGAGUCGCUCGCUGCAACGGAUGCGACCACCUCGAGCUCUCAAUUCCCGGCGAAGAUACGGCGGCUGGUGGUGGUGGGAGUAAAGAGAGCAAUAAUCAGAUUGUUGGGAAUAAUUAUAGUUAUGAAGACGAUGAAGCUGAGGCCUUGAGCGAUGCGAUCGAAGAGUUUUCUAUUGUUUCUAAGGAGGUUGUUAGGAUCAAAGAGGUCUUGAUCAACAAAGACCACGAGACACACGAAGUGAUAAUUGAAUCUCUGAGGAAGUUAAAGUUGAUGUCUUUGGAUGUGGAUAUACUCAAGAGUACUGAGAUAGGAAAGGCUGUUAAUGGGCUUAGGAAACAUGGUUCUGAUCAGAUUCGCCAGCUGGCAAAGACUCUCAUUGCAGAGUGGAAGGAGCUGGUUGAUCAAUGGGUGAACACUACAAAAGAUAUAGCUGGUGCUGGAGGUACACCAGAGUCUGCGAAUCCGUCUGUAGUUGAUGAGGAAGAAGAAGAAGAAGGAGCGUUUCCGUCGCUUCCUUAUGAUGUUGAUAUCUUUACACCCGAAGCUAACGGUUUUGAGAUGUUAAAUGGGGACUUCUUUGAUUCACUAGAUUUUGAUGGAAAUCCUUGUGAUUCUGAGGAAUAUAACACAAGCCGAGAACACGAAAGAAGAAAAACACAGAAGAGAAGACCUGAGGGAGGAAUACAAAUGAGGAUACAAGACGCUUCUUUUAGAUCUAUCAAGCCAUCGUCAUUAGCUGAUAGGACUAGGAGACCUCUUAAGCAAGAACAGAAGAGGAAAGCUCCAGGACCUCAACAAGAAAAACUUAAAGGUCUUGGCGCAGACGCAAAGUUUGAGUUUGCUAAGAGGAAGCUUCAAGAGAGCUACCAACAUCAUGAGAACGCCAAGAAGCAGAGAACAAUACAAGUACUCGAGACGAUCCCAAAGCAAGGUGGUGCUGCUCAGAAACCGCAACUCAAGAGACCUGGAAUGAACAACAGGAAUUGGUCAAACGGGCGUAAAUAGCUUCUUCUCUGUUUAAAAUGGUGGAAUAACUCUCCGCGAAAGACAUUAUUUACAUAACAUACCAAACAAGUAUCAGCAAUCUCUGAUGAAAUAAAGUGAAGAAGGUUCUAUCUGGUUCCACAAGCAGUGGAGAGCUAAACAGAUUCAUCAUCUAAAACAUUUCUUUUAACAAAAAUGUUAACUCCUCUGUUUUUGUUCUUUAUUAAUUCCACCAGUUUGCAGCCAUAUAGGAUCCCAACUGUUGUUACUUUCUUUGGUCUACUACAUUCUUGAGACUCUUCCGGUUUAAUUAAUUCCGGUUUGGUCGGGUCAUGUGACUCAUGUUCGGUUCCUUACAUUACUUUAAAAUUGUAAAAGAGGGUGGAUGGUAGAAAAGCUUUUUCGAA